AUGUCUUCGAUUCAAAUUGCUGGCAUGCUCUUCGAUGAUGAAGACAAAUCUCAUCCAUCCAAUAACAAUAAUAAUCAAUCAUCAUCCUCCUCCUCCUCGAAUGCCUCUCAUCAAAAGAGGAGAACACUCGAUUCCUUCAUUGAUGAUAAAACAAAGAAAGAAAUUGAUCAGAAAUCAAAACUCUUCCUCGAAGGAGGAAUUGCAAUGGCCAUGAGAAGCAAAUCUCUCAAUCGGAAUAGUAAUAACAAUAAUCAAAGAGGUAACUCCUCAUUCAACAAGUCAAAAGGCCUCAAAAUAGAACCUUCACGACCAUCCACUACUACUACUACGACAAUGACCACCACCAAUACCACCAAUACCACUCUCGAUUCCCACAGCAUCAGUAACAACAACACCAUCACCACCACUCCAAUCAUUAGCAAGAGAAGACUCAAUCAGCCAUCCUCCUCAAAGAAUGAUCUUUCCACAGAAGAAAACUCGAAUACCUUUUCAGCUCUCAUCAAUCCAGAUCUCUUCAGCAAUGAAGAUAUUGAAACCUCCAACAGGUUAUGCCCAAUUCUCAUCUCCACUCUCACCAAAUCCAUGAAUUUGAAACAUUUAACAAAAAUUCAAUCAAGAGCCAUGAAUCCCAUUCUUGCCAAAUCCAAUGUCUUGAUGAAAUCUGAAACUGGAAGUGGUAAAACUUUGGCUUAUCUCAUUCCAAUCAUUCAAAUGCUUUAUGAACAUUCAUUACAACAUAAAAUUACACGUGAAGAUGGAACAUUUGCAAUCAUUAUGGCUCCAACCAGAGAACUUUGUCUUCAAGUAGAUAAAGUAUUGAAAAAGAUUACUUGUAAUUUACCAUAUUUAGUAUGUGGUGGAAUUAUGGGAGGUGAAAAGAGAAAGAGUGAAAAAGAAAGACUUCGAAAAGGUAUUACGAUUCUAGUCGCUACACCUGGUAGAUUGGAAGACCAUCUCAAAAGUACUCAAUCCUUUAAAUGUGAUCAAUUGAAAUAUCUAAUUUUGGAUGAAGCAGAUAUUUUACUUGAUUUUGGAUUUGAACAAAAAGUCAAAAAUAUUUAUAACAUGAUUAUUGAAAGAAAAUUGAAUUCACCAACAAAUUCACAAACUCGUGAGGAUAUUUCAAAUUCUAUUCAAAAGAUUCUUGUGAGUGCUACUUUGCAUUCAAAAAUUCAAACACUUGCACAAAAUAUUGAUAUUGUGAAUGCACUCUAUGUUGGAUAUGGAAGUAAUGGAGAAUUUAUUGAAAAGAAUUUCAAUCUCUUGACCGACAAGUUACCAUCCAAUGUAUUUACCAUUCCAGCUCAUUUAACUCAAUAUUACAUGAUUGUACCUUCACAAUUUCGAUUAGUCAUGUUGGCUGGAUUUUUGAGAGAAAAAACAAUGAAUGAAAGAUCAAUGGGUGAAAGAUCAAAUAAUGAUGAUUCUUCUGGAAAGAUUAUUGUGUUUUUAUCAUGUUGUGAUUCUGUUGAAUUUCAUUAUCAUUUCUUUACCUAUUUCCAAACUCGAUAUAAAUUUAUGAGAGAAUAUGUCACUAGUACUUUUAAAAAGAAGAAACAAGCACACUCUCAAGAUGUUGAUGAUUUUGAGAAUACUCCAGCAGAGAAUACUCCACUCGACCACAGCACUCUCUAUCGACAAGCAGUGAAAUAUGAAAAUGGUGAACCUUUGAUUCGAGUUCCAAUUUUCAAACUUCACGGAGAUAUUGACCAAAAAGAGAGAACACUCAUUUACAAACAAUUUAGUGAAUCCAAAGAAGGUAUUCUCUUUUGUACCGAUGUUGCUGCACGUGGUUUAGAUUUACCUUCAGUGAAAUGGAUUGUUCAAUAUGAUCCUCCUGGAAAUCCAAAAGAAUAUUUACAUCGAAUUGGUCGAACUGCUCGAAUGGGAGUUCAAGGAAAUGCAAUCAUGUUUUUACAUCCACAUGAAGAACUUUAUAAGAAACUUUUAGAAAAAUACAAAUUGAAAAUUCAUGAAAUGAAAGGAGAACAGUGUUUGGAAAGUAUUAUUUUGAGUUUUAGAAGAAAAUCAAUGAGAGAUCCAAUUGAAGCAGCUUCAUGGUUGCAAAAUAUAUUUGAAGAAGAAAUGAGUAAGGCUGGAAAGGAGAAUACUGAAAUUUAUUCAUUGGCUGUCAAUUCCUAUUUUAGUUAUAUCAAAUAUUAUAGUACUCAUGGAAGUGAUGUCAAGUAUAUUUUCCAUCCCAAUAAUUUACAUUUGGGUCAUGUCGCUAAAUCCUUUGCAUUGAAAGAUUCACCUUCAAAAAUCAAACAACGUCAAUUAACGUUGGGUGUGAAACCUUUGAGUGUGAAAAAACAAGAAUUGGAAAAAGUCUAUGCCAUGAAAGAUCAAUUACCCAAACGUGAAUUUUUGAAGCGAUUGAAAGAUGUGAAGGGAAGUUCUUCCAUCAAGUCCACCCAGAGUAGUAGUGAAGAUAAAAAGAGAAAGAGAGGAGCAAUUAGUAAUGGUGGUGAGAGUGAUGAUGAUGCAAGUGAAUCAUCCGAUCACUCAGAUCAUGAAAAGGGUUAUGAAAGUUUCUCGGAUGAUGAACACGAUGAUGAUGAAAUGGAUCUUGGUGAGGAGUCCAACAGCAGCAGUACUACCACUACCACUACCACUACCACCACUACUACUACUACUACUACUACUUUUGAAAAGACAACUCCGCCUUCCACCAACUCUGUUUCGAGUCGUCCCGCCACUUUGACUACGGGAAGUUCAAAAAUGCGAAUUCGAGCAUUGAAGAAUGGAACACCUUCGACAGAAAGUGUUGGUGUCAUACCAAUACCACUACCUCCUCCAGUUUCUCCUCAGACUACUACUACUGCCACUAGGACAGCACCUCUUUCAUUUGGAAAGCCAGCAAACAGUGAUGGUACAGAAGUGAGUGUGAAUACCAAUGCUUGUUGGAAUUUCAGUAAUAGAAGUGGUAGUAGUAGUACCACCAGUGCAGGAGGAGGAGUUGAGCAAGACAAGGAACAUCCACUACAGAAAAAGACCUUAUCCUCAAUGAUCAAUUCCAACACCUCUCAACUAGCACCACAAGGUCUCACUCCUCUUCAAUUACGUCAAUCUGAAUUGAAAAAGAAGAAACUCACACCCAAUGAACGUAUGAAACUUUAUCGUGAUUUUGAAAAGGGUAAAAUUCAACCCUCUCGACCUAAAAUUAUCAUUCCAGAAGGUUUAAGAAAGAAUCAAAAACACAAAAACAAACAAAUACUCUCUGAAUUGACAUCAGAUGCUCAAAGUAGUGAAAGUGCUGGUGGUGUUUCCUUUGAUGAGAGUCGAGUGGUUCAUAAACCACUCUCUGAAUAUUCACAAUUAUUGAGUCGAUAUGCCACUGAUGGAGAUGGAACUGCAAGAAUGAUGAUGAAUACCAUGAGUGAAUUUGAUUCAAGUGUUUCUGCAAAUAAUGUUGGAAGAAUUAAUCAUCAUCAUGAACAACAACAUAAAUCAACCUAUCCUCGAGGAGGAGGAGGAGGAAAUAAGAGUGGUGGUGGUGGUGGUGGUUCCUUCCAAAAGAAAAAGAGAAAAUUGAAUCAAAUGUUUCCAUAG